AUGGCGUCGCAAAAAGCCGCCAAAUCAAAGUCCUCUGGGACUGUGAGGAGUCGUACAGGGUGCCAGACUUGUCGCGCACGCAAGCUGAAAUGCGACGAGGCAAGGCCGAUCUGCGGACAUUGUCUAAAGUCGCACCGUGAAUGUGUACGCUCCGAGCCCGUCACAUUCCGACACCAUCAGAACUCGAGUUUUGGCAAAAACGGCCAGGAACACUCACUCGACAGUUUCUUCAAGUACAGCCAAACGUACAGUGAAGAAGAUCUCAAGGCGUUUCUCCCGGUGCCCCAGCAAUUGACCUGGAUCCAUGUCACCGACCCAACCGCAGAAGAUGCAAAUGCCAUCACCCCUCCUCCUUCUCGAACUCCCACCACCUCAGACAUGGUCCAGCAAGUCGCUGCUCACACCUUGGAAGCUCUCUCGACCGCAGCAGCAGACCAGACCUCAUAUCCUCCUCAGGGCACUGCAUAUUACACGACCGCAAAUCCUGCGACAGACUCCCACCCUGAGUAUGGAUUCGUCCAAGCUGAACCUGCUGGCGCUACGAGUGGUAAUAAUCUCUCCAGGAGCAUUCACUAUUAUCUCAGCAGCUCGUCUCCACAAAAUCAGACCGACGCGUCUUUGAUCGACCCAAAUCUUGAGACCACUGUGAACGCGAAUUCACAUGGCGAACAACGAGACUUGGCGCAAAAUGUAAAACUAAAGAGCGAGGACAAAGACGAGGACAAAGACGAGAAAGAAAAAGAUGAAAUUUUUACCGACGCAGACACUAGAGUCGCCAUGGCCCUCCGAACCUUCAACGAACUGCAGGCUUAG